GAAGCAGUGUAGGAGAGCCACCCUCUCUUCCCACCUCCAAUUGCUCAUCUCAUCCAUACAACCCCUCAUCUCUCUCUCUCUCUCUCUCAACUGCGCAAUUUUGUCUGCAUGCACCCAAACCUCCUGCGCCUCAUCUCUUAUAUUGCAUCAAUCCCCUUCCCCACCACAACCCCUAGUUCCUUCCUUCCCCUCAAUCUUCAGGGGACAGUCAGCCAAGCCUCCUCGUACAAGGUGGUGAUUUGCGCAGAAAAAUGGAGAUCACCAAUGUCACAGAGUACCAGGCCAUCGCCAAGCAGAAGCUUCCCAAGAUGAUCUACGACUACUACGCCUCCGGUGCCGAGGACGAGUGGACGCUCCAGGAGAACAGGGAGGCCUUUGCCAGGAUCCUGUUCCGCCCGCGCAUUCUGAUCGAUGUAUCCAAAAUCGACAUGACAACAACUAUCCUGGGAUUCAAGCUCUCAAUGCCCAUCAUGAUUUCCCCCACUGCCAUGCAGAAGAUGGCUCACCCAGAUGGAGAGUAUGCAACUGCCCGCGCAGCAUCAGCAGCAGGCACUAUAAUGACAUUGUCGUCCUGGGCUACUUCAAGUGUUGAGGAGGUUGCCUCAACCGGACCAGGGAUCCGUUUCUUCCAACUCUAUGUCUACAAAGACAGGAGGGUGGUCGAGCAGCUAGUGAGGAGAGCGGAAAAGGCUGGAUUCAAGGCGAUAGCGCUCACCGUGGACACCCCACGACUUGGCCGCAGGGAAGCUGAUAUCAAGAACAGAUUUGUUUUGCCACAAAAUUUGACACUGAAGAACUUUGAAGGUUUGGACCUGGGGAAAAUGGACCAGGCUAACGAUUCAGGACUAGCUUCAUAUGUCGCGGGUCAAAUCGACCGCACCCUGAGCUGGAAGGAUGUGAAGUGGCUCCAGAGUAUCACCACGAUGCCGAUCCUGGUGAAGGGAGUGAUCACCGCAGAGGACAGCAGGCUCGCCGUGGAGAACGGCGCGGCCGGAAUCAUCGUGUCCAACCACGGCGCCCGGCAGCUGGACUACGUCCCGGCGACCAUCAGCGCCCUGGAGGAGGUCGUGAAGGCUGCUCGCGGGCAGAUCCCCGUCUUCCUGGACGGCGGUGUCCGCCGCGGCACGGACGUCUUCAAGGCGCUCGCUCUCGGCGCCGCCGGCGUCUUCAUCGGAAGGCCGGUGGUGUUCUCGCUGGCGGUGGCCGGGGAGGCCGGGGUGAGCAACGUGCUCAAGAUGCUGCGCGACGAGUUCGAGCUGACCAUGGCGCUCAGCGGCUGCAACUCGCUAGCAGACAUCACCCGCAACCACGUCGUCACCGAGGCCGACAAAUUCGGCGUCAUGCCGUCCCGCUUGUAACUUGGAACCAAAUCGAGUCGGCACCUACGUCCUCGCCGCCGUUAUUGAUCCAAGACUUACAUACGUAAGGGCAUCCAUGCAUGAUAUGCUAGUGUAAUUAAUUUUGGACGGGAUGUGUGUGUGUGUGUUUCAACAUCAAAGUGGUGUGAUAUGGUCUGGAUCGAUCAAACAUAAUUAAAUAUUAUUAUUCCUUGCAAAAAAAA